UUAUAGAAUUUUUAUUAUUUUGUGGUCGAUGUAAUAAGAAAAUAAUGAAGUUCAUUGCAAUAUUAAGUGCUAUACUAGUUGUUACGCUAGCCAGCGAUCAUAAUCAGCAGCAUCAAGCUGGAUGGUUUCGUCAGAACAUUCGAACAAAAACUCAAAUAAGUUCAUCAAGUUCAUCAUCAGAAAGUGACGAACAGUUCCCAAAAAUCUUAAAAACAAAAAUCUACAACUCCGAUCGCUGCAUUCUCGUCCCAGAGCCAACAUCAGAUGAAAUCAAUGAAUAUCAUCAAUGGGCUGAACAACAAGACAAGCAGUACUCAUCCGAAGCUGAAGAGUCAUGCAGGAUGAUUAAUGUCAUUUACAAACUUCGUGACAUUCAUGCACACAACAAGAGAUUCGAUGAAGGCAAAGAGACAUUCAAGAGAGCAUUAAAUCACCUCUCAGACUUGACAAGAAAGGAAUUUAAGACGAAACUUCUGUUAAAGGAAACCCGGGACAAAAUCUUACCACAAAGUAAUGUUCAAAAUCUACCAGAGUUCCCAGAUCCUCGACCAUCAGUUGAUUACAGAAAUGAGAAUUUGGUUAGUCCAGUUGGACAGCAAGGCAGAUGUGGAUGUUGCUGGGCUUGGUCAGCUGCUGCUGUUAUCGAAGGUCAACUUAGAAAAUGUGGAAUUACUUCAGAGUCAGUUUCAACUCAAAACAUGCUUGACUGCGUUGCAAAGACCUACGACGGAUGUGCUGGUGGAAAUCCUUACGAAGCUUUUAGCUAUGAAAAGACUGGAGGAAUUGUAACAGCUGCUAAAUAUCCUUAUGCCGCUAAGCAGAAUCAAUGUGUUUACAACAAAAAUGACAUUAUAGCUUAUGUUGAUCAAUCAUUUAGACACAUUUUUAAGAAAAGUCCACAUGUUGAGCCAUACAUGAGAAAAAUUGUCUCAUCAGUCGGUCCAAUAUCAGCAGUCAUUUAUGCCAAUAAAAAUUUCCAGGAUUACGCAUCCGGUGUCUACUCAUCGACUGACUGCAACAAUUCAUUACCUAACCAUGCUGUAACAAUCGUUGGAUAUGGAACUGACCCUAAUUUUGGUGAUUAUUGGCUUCUGAAGAACAGCUGGAGCAAUAAAUGGGGUGAAAAUGGAUUCGGAAGGGUCGCCCGAGGCAAGAACAUGUGUCUUAUUGAGAGCAGAGUUUAUUAUGCUCAGAUAACGGACCAAAAUAGGAAUGUUUGUAAAUUGUCAUGAGAUAAUGUACUUUGCUGUGAAUGUAUAGCUUGCUCUAAAUGUAAAGCUUGCA